GCGUAAAAGCUGCCACGUUAGCUAACUACCCAGUUCCUGAUCACUUCUCCAGGCUUUUACUGUAAUGAACGGCUGCUGGUGCAGGCACUUAAUCUUCCAGAGCGACUGUGUUUGGCAGAGGGAUGCCAAGCGCCAAGCAAUGAUCCAACAGUCUGUAUGUGGACAUGACAUCACACACGUUUCUUGUCAAAACAUUGCAGCACAGGGGGCGGAACAAAGGUCUAGAGUUACGCGGUAAGACAUGACAGCUGUAGUUGUACAGCUGGGGGGGGGCAGUCCUAGAGCAGAGCCAGCAGUUCAGAACCAAAGUGAGGGACACCAGAAAUGGCGUUGAUGCACUGGCCUGAAGUUCGGGACUCGGGACUCAGCCUGCGUCUCCUGCGUCUCCUGCGUCCCAGCUACAAGUGGCACAGCUGGCAGACACGAGCAGGCAGGAGCGGGUGAAGAGCAGAGACUGCACUCCUUGAAGGAGAACAUCUGCGGAUGACACACACACACACAUGCACACAAUGGAGGAUGAAAUUUGGGGUAGAUUUGGAGAACAUGUUGGAGUUUGUUUGGAUAUAAACUGUUGAGUGACAGACGCUACUGAGAUAGCACUCCAGUGGAAUGUGGAUGUCUACCAAAACAAGAACCUUCAUGGACACUGAAUCCAUGACACACUGUUAACCCCGCGCAGUCUGGGAGAUUUUAUGAAUGAAACGUGAGUUCUCCAGUUGAAGAACUCCGUAUGUUCCCAGAGAAAUUCCUUAUUCACUGAGCAGGAAGUUUUUUUUUUUCUCUUUUGGAACAAAAUAUGUUCUUAUCAAACAGUCCGACAGCACAGAAGCAGACUGUCUCCACGGCGACUCACAGGGGAUUUCAGAUGAACAAGGAAGGCGGGUGUGGUGGACCGAGCCUCAGGGCACAGUGAGAGCGACGCUGGUUAAAUAGGCCUCAGAUGCCAUGCCGUGGCCAGGAUGGGCCGAGGGGGACACGCGGUUAGAGGAGCGUGACUAAGAAGACGUCUGGUGAAGGACAGACGUGGACAUGCGUAUCUUUAUGUCCUUCAUUGAGGACGUGCGGUAGCCCACCAAAACAACCCCCCCCCCAUUUCAUAUAGAAGACAGAUACAAGCACCAGUAAGUGCUGGGUCAGCGUUUCUGCAUUGUGCUGGUAGGGUGAGGGUUAGUUUUGGCUGUGUUCCAGGAUGGCAUGAACCGUGGCGUGGCGUGCGUGUGUGGCUCGGCCGAGAUGUUGCGACGAGGGCUGCUCUACUGGCUGUGCCGCAUGGGCAUGGUGCUCAUCCUCAUCUGCUGCUCCCUCUCGCUCCUCUACGUCAUCACCUGCAGUACCCACAACGACGACCCCCUUGUGAGCCCUCUCCUUCCCCGGCCUGCCGCGCCAGGCUCGCCGGGGGAUCCGGGCGGCGCCCCCUCAGGGCCCCGUGGCCGGGAGAGCUACCAGGCCUUGCUCCAGGAACGCGAGGAGCAGCACCGGCAGCACAUUUCCAGCCUGAAGAAGCAGAUUGCGCAGCUCCGGGAGGCCCUGCAGGGUGGAGCCGGACCCCCGGCCCACAUUGGCGAGCAGGCCGACCUGCAGGAGUUCCUGCGUAGGCAGCUGGGCCGGGCAGAGGUGCAGGCAGGCGUGCGGCUGCCCAGCGAGUACUCGGUGGUGCCGUUCCAGAGCUUCACCCUGCAUCGCGUCUACCAGCUGGAGACGGGCCUCACGCGCCACCCUGAGGAAAAGCCCGUGAGAAAAGAUCACCGCGACGAGCUCAGCGAGGUGGUGGACAACGCCCUGCAUGCCCUCAAUGCCCCAAACCAGAGGGGAGACAAGACAGCCACCAGCAAGGUGUACAGCCCCUCUGACUUCAUAGAAGGUGUAGCGCGGACAGAGAAAGACAAAGGAACCUUGUACGAGCUGACCUUCCGGGGCGAGCACAAGCAGGAGUUCCGGAAGAUGGUUCUGUUCCGGCCCUUCGGGCCCCUCAUGACGGUGUCGGACGAGCGGGUGGAGACGUCACACGCCACCAUCAACAUCAUCGUGCCCCUCUCUCAGAGGGCCGACAAAUUCAAACAGUUCAUGCACAGCUUCAGAGAGGUGUGUAUAAAGCAAGACAGACGAGUGCACCUUACCGUGGUCUACUUCGGCCAGGACCAGGCGAACGAGGUCAAAGGAACCCUGGAGAACACUUCAAGAGAGCUGCAUUUCCGCAACAUUACACUGAUCCAGCUGAAUGAAGAGUUCUCUCGUGGCCGUGGCCUGGACGUGGGCGCCCGAGCGUGGAAAGGCGGAAACGUCCUGCUCUUCUUCUGCGAUGUGGAUAUCAUCUUCACUGCAGACUUCCUCAACACCUGCCGUCUGAACACCCAGCCAGGGAAGAGGGUCUUUUAUCCCGUGCUGUUCAGCCAGUACAACCCAGCUGUGAUCUAUGGUGGCGGGAAUCACGUCCCACCCGUGGAACAGCAGCUGGUCAUUAAGAAGGACACUGGAUUCUGGAGGGACUUUGGAUUUGGGAUGACAUGUCAGUACAGAUCUGACUUCCUCAACAUAGGUGGGUUUGACGUGGACAUUAAGGGGUGGGGCGGCGAGGACGUACACCUGUACCGGAAAUACCUCCACAGCAACCUGCUCGUGGUGCGCGCACCCUCACGCGGUCUCUUCCACCUGUGGCACGAGAAACGCUGCGCCGAUGAGCUGCCCCCGGAUCAGUACAAAAUGUGCAUGCAGUCCAAAGCGAUGAACGAGGCCUCUCACGGACAGCUGGGAAUGCUGCUUUUCCGGCACGAGAUCGAGGCUCACCUCCGUAAACAGAAGCAACGCAGCGGCGCUAAAAGGCUUGAGGGACAAUAAUGGGUAAAGAUGUCAGAGAGAGAGAGAGAGAGAGAGAGAGAGAGAGAGAGAGAGAGAGACAGACAGACAGACGCGUAGGCCUAGAAGAGUGGAACACACACACACACACACACACACACAAGAUAAGCGGACGCGCCAGAACAGCACGAGGCAUUAUAAACUGACAUGGUGAACAGAUAAAAGCGCGCGGCCAGCUGGCCAAGUCUUCGGGGACUCCUCCAUGGUUUAUGGCGUUAUUAUGCUGUGUUAACGGAUUUAUUACAGGGCCACAGCAACACAUAAUGCACCGCAACAAUAGGUCGGAACGGGAGACAGGAAUGUGUCAGCUCCUGUAACGCGACUAGAGUGCCCUCUAUUGGUCUUUGGAGGAAACGCAAUGAUCGAUACAGUUAAGGAUUUAUGGAUUGUGCAAGAACGAUCGUUUUUCGUGUUUUAUUUUUCUUUUAAAAUCUGAAGCGGGGCGUUAAUGUUUGGGAGCAGCAGCUUUUCACAUGUCACACGGAACAAGCCCGUUAACUGGUGUUUAGCUGCAACCCUGCGACACUUGUCCACCCAGGGGGGCGCUGCUGCGACAGGAUUUAAACGAAAUUAUCCUGAGGCCUGUAUGGCCUUCUGUAGCCUAUAGAAAAGAUACCCGAUUAGCCGUAAAUAAAUAACAACGCAGGGUAGUAAAAUAUUUUAUUACUAUCCUCAGAUGCGUUUUUCUAUACGGAUUAAAACCGCCAAUGAGGUUUUAAAAAGACGCGAGUGAAAGAGAAGGUCGGAUGGUUGGAUAGGUUGCUCAGUCCAGCGCCUCCUCCAUCCUGGCUGCUCUAGUUGAUUAUGAGCGACAGGAGAGAUCAAUUAACGAGCUGACGGAGACCUUUAACGGCCAGUAACCGAGAUCCCUGAUGUAGAGGUUUAACGAGUGGUUCACAGAACUACGAUUUUAAUCGUUUGUUUGUUUCCUUUCCUUUUGCUAUGAGGCCUACUUCAUAAUUGACAUGUUAUCUCAGGCAGGAAUUAUUGAGACGGUUUAUGCCGUUUUUGCAUAGAAGAAAAAAAAUCAAACAAACAACAAAUUAAAUAAAUAUUACUGCCACCUAUUUUUGCUAAAGCCCAUGAAAAGAACGUUCAUCUACAACUGUUCCAUAACUAAUAGGAACAUUAGAGGUCGGUUUUCGGUGUAGUCUGUUUUCCCAGUAAGAGGCGAGGACUUUGGUGUUUAAAUAUGAUUUUUGACGCUUUGUGUUAUGAAAUCAACUCGAAUCAAGGUGAAUUGCAUAUGAUAUGUUUAUGAGCUUCCCAAAUUAACACAAAUCGUAGGAAAUUUAGGAAUCUUUUUUUCACUGAUUGGGUAACUAAGAUCUCAUAUUUAAGCCCACAUGACGAGGCCAAUUUAAGAGGCUUAUCAUGAGCUGUACUGAAGUGGAGCACAGCCCGUUUAAAGAACGAGGGCAUAAAUAAACCGCCCAGCACACCCGAAAGGGGCACUUUGUUGCAGUACCUUCAGCUGAGCACGAAGACACACACAAAUGAAGCGGAAGCUCGGAAAAUGUGCCAAGAACAAUAGUGACAGCUCCGCUGUUUGAUUAACUCCUAGAUCAGACGAAUGCGGUUUUUUUUCCUGUUGGAUUUUAUUUAAUACAUCGAACUGUUGUGUAUAACUAAUAUUGUGACAUGAUAAUGAGAAUUUUACUUAUCAAAUGUUUGGACCAAGAUUAUUUGCUUAUUUAAUAAAAUUAAAUUUUAGACUAA